AUAAUUAUUGUAUCUACAUUGUUGUUCACACUCGAAGUGCCUUCUGUUGGAGCAAAUAUAAAUAAUAGUAAUAAGUUGUAUAACGGUUCUUUAAAAUUAUUAUUUCAAUUUUGUUAAGACAAGAUGAGGUUGGUUAUUACUAUAACCUUUGUCGUGAUUUUACUCACUUUAUGUGACACCAAAAAAUCAGAAAGUAAAGAUGAAAAAGGAAAACAAGAAAAAGAAAAGGAUGAAAAGGACCCCCUUACUUCCAUGGACAAAACGGAAGAUAAAGUGAAAAAAGCUGCCAAGAAAAAAGUAGGAGACGUUCAAGAUAUGGCUAAAGAUGGGCUCGACGGUGACGAUAAAGAAGAAGACAAAGAUGAACCAGAAGAUGAAGAUGAAGAUGAAGACGAAGAAGAAGACGACGAAGAAGAUGAAGAGCCCAAAGAGAAAAAGAAGGAAGACAAAAAGAAAGAAGAGCCAGAGAAAAAGAAAGAAGAUAAAAAGAAAGAAGAUCCAGAGAAAAAGAAAAAGGAAGAAAAACCUAAAGCCGAUGACAAAAAAGACGAGAAAGCAAAAGACGAACCCAAACCAAAAGAAGAAGACAAACCGAAAGACGAAGACAAACCAAAGGACGAGAAAAAGAAGAAAAAGAAGAAGAAUGAUGACAAACCCGAGCCGGAGCCCGAAGAAGAAGAAGAAGAUGCUCCAGCGUUCCCCGGGAUGGUGAUGGAGCACAGCGAGGACUGCGAGGACGACGCCGCGUCCACGACGCACCACCGGCACCGCGCGCACAGCAAAACCACCGUGGGGCCCGACAUGAGCGCCAUGCCCGACAUGCCCGACAUGGCCGACAUGGCCGACUCACUCGGCAAGAUCACAGGUAUGGCGGAUACGUUGACCGGGUGGCUGCCUGAAAUGGAAUGAUCUUAGCUUUCCAUAACGUUUUGUUUUAAUUGUUGCUAAUUUCGAUGAAUGUAGUUAACUUAAUAUUUAUUUAUGACUAUAUCUAAAGACUUUAAAUUAAUAACAAGAAGAAUCACCAUAUAUAGAUUUUAAAUGGAAACAAGGCAAAUAAAACUGCAACAGCUAGUGAAUAAUGUUGAGAUUUUGUGUCUUGGCAUAUCAUUUUUAUCCAACAGAAUAUUGCAGAAGUCAGCGCUAUUAGCCAAGUAUAGGUACCUACCUGGUCUUUGUUAGUGAUAAUGAAGCCUUUGUAAAUCAUGGAUACAGCUUUGUCAGAUUCUCAAAGUUGUGCUAUUUUAAUUUUAUCACCAUGAAAACCUUUUUCUUCUUCUUAAAAAAUAUAUUUUAAGAUCAUAAGUUUUGACAA